CGCGUUCCCUUCGCCCCCUUUCGUCCUGUUGCGCGUCGCGUCGUUCGCCGUGCGCGAUGAGGGGAAAGCGCAUUAGCAUUUUUUUUUCUCGUGCACACGCGCGGACAAACGGUACGCCGACAGCCCUUUUCGCGAGAGAUUUAAUAAUCCGCGAGGUGUUCUGGAAAGGGUUACAUGACAUACCCACAUAGCGUCAAUUCUUCCUUUGCGCGCAAAUUUUGCUCGUCUGAUGCCAUGCAAACUUGUACGAGAUUUGCCCGAGGUUUGCUCGUGAGACACGUUUAGUCCGCACGUUUUGCAGACAAGUGAUUAGCUCGUGUAUUAACGUAUAAUUUUGCGCGCAAAUGUCUAAUAACUCGUGUACAAAAAUGGCUCAGCGCAAAAUCCUAUCCCAGUGCGUCGUCGUAGUGUUAGAUGCGUUUGCGUGCAAAAUGUUCUCUGGGUAGUUACGCGUAAUAUACCAGUUUUUCUCUUUUUUUCUCUUUUGGAUAGACAGAUCGAAUGCGAGCGAUGUGUAACGUUUUUAUUUAAUAAUUUUAUUAUGAAGUUUUGUUAACUUGAUCGAAAUUAAACCUUGCGCGCCACGUGACUCUUUAAGGAUUCUCGAUUUAAAGUACGUGACUCUUAAAAUAAACAUCUGAAUACGUCAGAUCCGGAGAACGUGGAACUUUAUUAUAAUUUAUAUAUAUAUUUUUUCAAUUGAAUGAAGUUAGAUAAAGUUCCUCUUUUCCUCAUGGACGUUACUUUCAAAGCAUGGUGGGACUUUGAUUCUAAUUAAAAAAAAAUUUUUAGGUUACUGUAGGGAGAGGGAGAAAAAAAUCAAUGAGUAAAAGGGGCUAAGAGCCUUGAUUAGGUGUUAGUGUCAAAAAGAAACGAUAGUGACGAACAUAGUGAGCAGGAUGUUCAGUUUUCACAAACCAAAGGUGUAUCGAUCUAGUACAGGCUGCUGCAUUUGCAAAGCCAAAUCUAGCAGUUCGAGAUUCACAGAUAGUAAAAAGUAUGAAGAUGACUUUAUGCUUUGUUUUAAACUUGAUGAGAGACGUAGCGGAGAGAUAUGUAACGCAUGCGUGCUCCUAGUGAAGAGAUUUAAGAAGCUGCCUCCUGGGAACGAUCGCAACUGGAGACAUGUUGUGGACGCCCGCGCUGGUCCUGGUAUUAAGUCGCUGACAAAAUUCAAGGCAAAAAAUAAAAGGAAACUUAAAGAUAAAUCUGAUAAACUUGCCAAGAAGAAACAUGUCUAUGUAAAAACCGAAACGGAUCGAGAACAAAGUCCACCGAUAAGUGAUGAUUUGAUCGAAGAUUAUGGGUUGGCAGACGGUAAAGCGUUGAGCAGGUCUGAAAGCAUUUCGGACUACGACGAUGACAUUGGCGCUAAUGAAAAACAAAUGGAUGUCGUUCAAGAAGAUGAAGAUGAUAUUAACUUCUUAGAUUUAUCUUAUUACAAAAGAGAAAGUAUUUGCUGUGGCAGCAUUUUCAGGGGCGCCAAUGGUGAGAUUAUAAUGCAUUCGUCUAGCCUGAAACCAUGCAUAAAUCUUGCCAGGCGGCAGCUUCUUACUUCUAUACCAGUCGCCAGUCCCACUCACAGUUCUGCGUCCACGAGUCCUGUCCAUGGCGUUGAAUCGCCAUCGUCAAGUCCAAAAACAAAUUCGAAACAAACAAAGUCCGAUAGUGACUCCUCAUCUGAUUCCGGUUAUGAUGAGUCCUCCAAUCAGGGUGAGAGCAAAAUAGCGAAGAAUGUCCAAGUUCAGGCAGAUGUGAAAAUGAUAGAGGAAGCUGUGAGGCCCGUAGAACUCGAUCAGUUAUCAAGUUGCAAAACCUUCAAUAAGCAAUCUGUCAGCGAUGUUAUUAAUCAGUCACUUCAGUCGGUCUCCAAUUAAUGUCGGCCCUUUGUAGAGGGUUAAUUUAUUCCUUUACUUAUGAAAACACACACGCAUAGAUUUGUACGUACAUGCGUAUACAGGGUGCCUGUUAGAUCAUUUUUUAUCAGUUUUCAAUAAAACUUUCAAUCUGGGACAUUUUUCAUCGACAUAGAUUUCAAAUUUUAGUUCUACGAUAUAUAAAGUGGGUUUUUUACAUUCGAUUCUUGCAAUAUUUACUGCCUUUGAUUCUUUUUCUUAAAUCUUUAAGUAUCCUUUGAAUUUAAAUCUGGAGACGACCAUCUCAUGGAGAAUAUUCAAUUUUUAAUUCUAUUGUUUAAAAAUCCUGAUUUACUUAAAUUAAUUUUCGUUACGUAAUUAAAUAAUACUAUAUAAAAGUUUAUUUCUUGAAAAAAGAAUUACCCAGGAUUUUAAGGAAGAUGUUUAAUACGGUUCACUUAAUUCUAAAACAAAAGGAAUUUAGUGAUAAAAAAUUUAUAUUGAAAAUGAGUUCGUUUAUAAGCCGAGUUUAAAACAUGUCCCUAAAAAUCAGUGCAAUUUUUUUUAUCAAAAACUCCUGAAAUCGAUACAUCUCAUACCAGAUACAAUAACUUGUUGCAGUAUAAAAACACGCCACCCUGUAUAUACGAAUAGAUGUAAGCUGAAAUUAAUUAAGUACGCUAUCCCCGGGCAGCAAAGUGACUCUGAAAGGAUUUCAAACCUUCGCUUCGAAGGUUUAAACGCCAUUUGGAUGCAAUUUAUUAUGCUAAGGAUAAUUAGAGUUAAUUACAGCGAUGGAUGGACGUAAACCGCCAUUUCUCGAGCCGAUAAUUUUUAAGUCUUAUAUUAAGCAAUAUAAACACACAUCAAAGUUCUGUGAUGAUAUUGUAAAGUAAGAGACGCUCAGAUUUCUUAUGUCGUACUGCGGUCCGAGCUGGCGGUUUAUGUACUCGCUUUUAUAACACGUCAAGUGCCAGGGGAGAAACAUACAUAGGGUGUGCUGAGACAACCAAAGAUAAUGUCAAAAAAGUCGUGAUAAAACGAUGAAAUUUAAUAUCUGCAAAGUAAAUAACAAACAUUUUGUUAUUUAAAAUUGAAUAUUGUUG